CUUGAAAUGUGUUAAUAAGGGCUUCAAAACGAAAAUAAUAACUAUAGCCUCUCAUCAAAACCUUACUUACAAAUUACAAUUCAGACUGAGUUUAAAGGGGAAAAAAAAGAGUAAUAUGAAGAUAUCAUUCAUUGUGCUACUCUUACUAUUAUGUACACUUUUGUUGAGCGGGCUGGGGUUUGAAUACUCAGCGGAUGAAUUGGAGGACAUGGGUAGCCUAUACGAGCGGUGGAGAGCAUACUACAAUAAGUUGGACGAGCCGACGAAUGAUCGGUUCCCGGCUUUCAGAGAGAAUGUACUGCGAAUUCACCAUUUCAACCAACUGGACGAGCAGUACAAGCUCGGGCUCAACCAGUUUUCGGACUUGACGGCUCAUGAAUUUGCUGCACGGCACGGAUGCCAGCCGGGACCCCACCAGCCGCUCGACCUCCUCGAGGAGGAAUUCAGCCAGCUGGAGUACCAUACUUCAGACGUUCCAACCUCGGUCGACUGGAGAGCUAAAGGGGCCGUCACAUACGUCAAGAAUCAGUUAAAUUGCAAAUCUUGCUGGGCAUUUUCGGCAGUGGGAGCUGUGGAGGGGAUAAAUUUCGUCCGGACGGGAAGGCUGGUUUCGUUGUCGGCCCAAGAGCUCGUGGAUUGUGACAAACGUAACAAUGGGUGCCGUAAAGGAAAUGUAGUCCGGGCAUUUGACUUCAUCAGGGACAGAGGCAUCACAUCCGAGCGGGUAUAUCCCUACGUGGGUAAACAGAGAAUCUGUGAUUCCACUAAAGUCAAGUCCCCCGUGGUGAAAAUCGCCGGAUAUAAGAGAAUCCCUCCAAACAAUGAAAAAGCACUGAUGCAAGCCGUGGCACAGCAGCCUGUUUCGGCUGCGAUUGCAGCCGACAAUGAUUUCGUGUACUACAAGACGGGAAUUUAUAACGGGAAUUGCAGCACUGCCAGCAGCAGCAAGGAUCUGAAUCAUGCUGUAACGGUGGUUGGGUACGGGAUGACCAAACAGGGAAUAAAAUUUUGGACCGUUAAAAAUUCUUGGGGAGGCUCGUGGGGUGAAAAUGGUUACAUCCGGAUGGCACGGGAUGUUAAAUACAAGUCGGGAAUGUGUGGCAUUGCUAUCGAAGCCAGUUAUCCGAUAUCAUUCAAUGUACUACUCUUAUUCUUAUGUACACUUUUGUUGAACGGGCUGGGGUUUGGAUACUCGGCGGAUGAACUGGAAGACCUCGGUAACCUGUACGAGUAUGCCAGAUCAUCCGCUGAAGCUUUGAUGAGGGCCGUGGCACACCAACCAGUCUCCGCCUUUGUUUCAAUCGACGGUGAAUUUAAGAGUUACAAGAAGGGAGUUUUCACCGGGUGGUGCGACGUGAAUCUAACACACAUAGUGACAGUGGUCGGGUAUGGGGCAACCGAGCAAGGCACAAAGUUUUGGAUUGUUAAGAAUUCUUGGGGCAGCUGGUGGGGAGACAACGGGUACAUCAGGCUGGCAAGGGAUGUCACGGACGAGCGUGGCCAAUGUGGCAUCGCCAUGCGUGCAAGUUAUCCCAUGAUAAACGAAUUUAAUGCAGAUGGAUUUUUCUAA